UCCUUGUCUGCCUGUGAUCCACUACUGACGUUUUCCGAUCAGCCAGUGUACUAUGCCAUGGAACGAUAUUGUGAAAAUGAAAUUUCCAUCAAACCAUGUACCUUAGCUAAUGGUGCCAAUGAGCAUUUCAAAGACGACGUCGUCGGGUGUUGAAACCGCCAGUUUCUUCCCCCCUACGGGGUCCACCUCGUAGACAACAAGUUUGAAAUAAAGAUUUUUAAAGAAUAUCGAAUGAUAGAUUUAGGCAUACAAAACCAAAUAUGAAAUCGAACGUCGUGAAAAAAGAAGAUGCAUGCGGACGGCGUAUGAAAUGAUAGAAAAGAGAGAAAUAAAAAUACGAAUAAUAAGAAAACGAAGAAAUAAAAAGGAAAAUUAAUAAUGAAUGAAGGCAGUAAAAUUUUAGCAAUAUUUUCGGUGUUAAUCUGCUUACUAGAAAAAAUCUAUAUGAAAAGAUAAAACUCAUAGAAGCAGACGACAGUGACUGCAACUUUCACAUUGCAUACACACGCACACACAGAUUCCCACCCGCACGCAUACAUGUUUUAUGUAUGUAAAUUAUAUAUGUAGCUAUAGAUAUAUACAUAUAUAUUUUAUAUAUGUGUUGUGAUUGUAUUAAUGGUCUAUUUUUGCAGCAGUCAGAUAACGCAGCUACACAUCAGCUUCCCCAUAUACUCGAUUUUUCCAUAAUCAUAUAAAUUUUGUAUCAUCCAUCCAUCCAACCAUCCAUACAUCAAUCCAUCCAUACAUCCAUACGUAUGUACAUAAAUACAUACAUACAAACAUACACAGUACUUGUGUAGCAUUUUGCUGCGCACAGAUUACAGUAAAUAACUUCCUUAUCAAUAUACAUAUACAUAUAUAUAUAUAUAUAUAUAUAUAUAUAUAUAUAUAUAUAUAUACAUUACUACAUACAUAUAUACAUUCAUUCAUUCAAACAUACUACAUACAUACGUACGUACAUAUAUAUAUAUAUAUAUAUAUACACACACACGUACAUAUAUGCGUAUGAAUAAUGAAAUAUUUAUGAACCUUUUUUUUUUGAAUCAUGAUAAAAGGAACAACAGAGAAAGGAAGAGAGCAACAUUUCUAUACUGUAAUCUUUUACUGCUUUCAAUCAUCGAUCUACGGCCAUGCGGGGGCAUUACCUUCGUCGAUAUUGAUAUGAAUUAUAAAAGUAUAAAGAGAGAGGGCAUAUGAGCCGAAAUUAAUAAUGCACCAAGCAAACAAACAAAUAUAUGUAUUUAUAUAAAAUAUGAUCUCUUUGAACUGACAUUUAAAACGAAAGAAUAUAUAUAUAUUUAAAAAAAUUAUUAUUAUUUCAAGAAAACCCGACAACGUGCACAGAAAUGGCAUUGAAAAUAAUGACAAAUCUCAGAACCAGCAAGCAACAUUAAUAAUAACAAUAUAACAAAUUCAUCUCUGGUACCCCAUGAAUGGACCAACAAAUAGCCCCCUAAGUGGGUUAGUGGUGCAACAAACUCUCGAGUAUCCUUCUCUUCAGGAUCAGUUAAAUCCGUCCCUAUUAAGGGCCAUCUACGUAAAGGACCCCCCAAACGUCACAGUUGGUAUAAUACUCUGUCUGAUAAUUUUGGCUACAAUCGUCGGGAAUGUUUUGGUGUUCGUAGCAGUUUCCUUACGCAAGAACCUGCGCACAAUUUCCAAUAUGUUUAUAAUGUCUCUAAGCGUUGCCGAUUUCUUGGUCGGCACUGUAGUUAUGAUUCCCGCCAUGUUGAAUGAGAUCUUCGACGAAUGGGUACUCUCGCAGACAUUCUGCUCAAUUUGGGCCUCCUUUGAUGUAAUGCUUUGCAGUGCGUCCAUCUUGAACGUGUGUCUCAUCAGCCUCGACCGCUACUUGGUCAUCAUGAGACCGUUACGAUACAACGCUCUGAUGACCACUCAACGUGCCGUUGCACUUUUGCUGAUCUGCUGGGGCCUGUCCAUAUUAAGUUCUUUCGUUCCGAUAGAGACUGGAUACCACAACCCUACUUUACCGUCUUUAGAAAAUCUGACCCUGUUUAGCGCCCGGCCACAAUGUCUCUUCAUAGUUAGCAUGCCUUUUGCACUGACCGCCUCAAUGGUCACCAUAUUCCUUCCCAUCGUCGUAGCAUUCGUCCUAUAUUACCGAGUGUCCAAAGAAGCCAAGCGACAGUCGUGCAUACUGGGCACUCUUAUCGCCCCUACCAACGUUCUCUUAGGCCAGAAGGUCGCUUCAAAACACAUACGUGAGCCGUUCACGCGGAAGGCCACAAUAACACUUGGGAUUAUUGUUGGUGCCUAUGUAGUUACAUGGGCACCGUUCCUGAUUUUCAACAUCACCGAAGCAUUUUGCCGAUGUAUCCCACCCAAGCUGUUUACAGGGAUGGUCUGGCUCGGGUACUGUAACAGUCUGAUUAACCCAAUUAUUUAUCCAUUUUUCAUGCGAGACUUUAGACGAGUUUACAUGGAAGGCUUAUCCGUUUGCUGUCCAUUCAUAAAAACAUUAAAACGAGCCAAAACUAAAACCACAGAUUAUAUAGUUAUGCAAAGAUCCGUGUCUAAAUGAAAAUAGAUCUAAGUCUAUGAAAAAAAAAAAAUUAAAAAAAAAAAAUUUCAAGACAUUUACAUAGAACAUGAUAUCUACCACCACCACCACCACCACCAACACCAACACC